AGGUUCUUCUUCUUUUGGAUGCUAGGAAGUUUUGAAAAUAGACGAUAGAAUUCUUUUUCUUUUUGUGAUCAAAUUUACUCUUCAAAAUGGUUGUUACUGUUAGAGGUACAACAAAACGGUUUUAGAUACUACUAAUAGAAACAAAUACGUUGUGGACGUUUUGGAUUUAUGGGAGCAUGGACUUCUAGGCGAACUUGAGUACUGACGUAGGACUGGUUUACGUACAUUCACUCUACUGCGGAACCCUCACAAAUUGGCUACCACUGUCACUACUUCCUAUAAAUGUUUGUCUUUGUGAUUGUGGUUCAUAUGUUAAUUCUUAGAUUUGUUUCAUAGUAAGUGUCGUGUUGAAAGACUAGAAAAACAGACCCACAUAUUUCCACCUGAAGACAAUUACGCGUAUAAUUACAUUUUGUUCUCACUAGUGCUAGAAAUUAUCUCUUUCACGAUCUAUUGCUCAUUUUUUGCUCACCAGAAUGGGUCGUAUUUUUCUCCGUCGUUUCUUAUCCUCGGAAGAGGAUGUUGCCAUCCGGAUUGAAGCAGAGGAUCCCGCACUCUCCUCUACAAUAGCCUCAGCAAACGCGGCGAGAUUGACACCCGAACCCGCAUGUGCAGAAGAAGAAGGUUACGACUAUCACCAGUUCUGUGAUUUUAGUUGAAUACGUACCUGAUAGUCUGUACGUCGAAGCUACGAGAGAAUUUAAAUUGUUUUCAUCUUCUAUUCUUGCUAGAGCCACAAUUGCCUAUAAACGGAAGACAUGAAGAUGAACAGCAAGAACCUCGGAGUUGGGUUUCUUCCAUUGAAGGAUGCAGUAUGUAACUAAAGUAAAAGUUGUUUGAAUACUCGAGGAGCGCUAAAAAAACCUGGUUGGGGUCGCGGGCGCGAAUGAGAGUUCCGACUCCUCAACGAGCAGCAACACCAGCACAGCUACUUACGAGGUUUCUACUCACGAACUGCUGUCGUCCAGCCUCCAGGGACCUCAUCCAUCCUUAUCGACGACGACGACGAGCACACAAUUUUCCAACAUCGCCAAUCCGGCCCACUAUAUUGUCUACGUCGAUCGCGGAACCAACUUUUAUCGCGUGCAUGAUGUCGUUUCUUCCACCGAGGAUAUUAAUCAUGCUCUCAACAACAUCAUGGCCUCGCCGUCUCCUCUCCUACAACACACAUCCGAGCUCACAGGGGCCACUUUGGGAACGAAUAUUCCAGAAACAAGGGCCCAGCAGUUAAGUCAAGGGCAAUGGAGAGUCUAGUUCACUUCUUCGAUUGUGAAGAUUGAUUGCUGCAACAAGUGUAAGCGUCUUGGUAUCAGUUUUUUGCACUGAGAUUGAUCAUGAAAUUAACGAAGUACCCACAUGGAUUUAAUCGUAGAUACAAAGUAACAGAGGAAGUCGUCGCACGAACAUCUUCGUGCCACUGGUCGAUGGAUUGAUUUUACGUAAAAAACCAGAAAGAGAACGCCGCGAUGCUGAAAUUGUUCCCGGUGCUCUCUAAUGUUAGUACAGCAGACGAAGUCGUCGUUUGAUUUUUUUGCUUGCCGUGCCUGCGGAACACCAUUGGCACUGCACGGCGAUUUACUGAGCCGCAACUUCCGUGGCCGAACAGGUACCGCCGUUCUCUUCGACAAAGUUCUCAAUGUCAACGCUGGGGAAGUAGAGGAAUCGCAGAUGACAACGGGGGUUCACCUGAUUCGUACUCUCUUCUGCGUUUGCUGUCAGGAAAAUCUGGGAUGGCGUUACGAAAAAGCCUACAAUGAAGACCAAAAGUAUAAGGAAGGCAGGUACAUCCUUGAGGAGGAGCUAAUUAGCCCGAGAAAACAAUACGCUCCAGCGAUCAGAAUACCACGUAAAACAAGUGUUGCUGUUUCUUCCUCGCGUCGACACUCGGAAAUUUAUGAAGUGAACAGGAACUGCGUGUAAUCGUAAACAGCGUACAGUCGAUGAUGCAUUCUUGUUCAUCUUCAUGCGAAGCCUUUUAAAAGCAGAAGUUGCAGUCAUGUGGAUUGUCCUAUAGACCAAGACAACAGGAAAGUAUUCCAAUGAAUUUCCAAUCUACCAAAUACAUCAAAUGUUUGUGAUAACUAUGUUGAUGUUGUACUAGCCACCUAGCACCUGCACCACUAGUGGCUCUAAGAAGUAAAUGCGGCAGAUGCAGCAGGCGAAGGCGGCGACAGCAAUAUGGAGCCACUUGCGUGCGACGCGGGGUCGGGGGGCAAUGGAUGCGGCGACGACGACGACGACAUUGGAAAUCGUUCUAGUCAUUUAUGCGUUGGUGAGACAAACGACACGUGGAGGCCUGUGCUUGUUGACCCAAAUGCUUCCUCGAGUGCGACACUGCUCUUACGUCCCUACGAGGAAGAUAGCCCGAUUGGAGCAACGUUGGGCUCGACGAGUAAAUUGAUCGAGCAUCUUGUAAACUUAAAUAUGAAUACUUCUACGUGCACGUCGACGAGUCACCAGUUUCGUUUGGGUGACCGUUUGUGCGUUACUUUUCACCAGAAGUAAUUUACCUAAUUGUUUGAGAAUCUCAGUGUUGUUUGAGGAAUAAGGAACUUGAAGACAAGUACCACCAGAACCGAAAAUAUCAAUUGUGAGUGGGCAUAAUCCCCAGAGAUAGAUCAACGAAGUAGACGAAAAUUAAAAACAAUCUCGAAUUGGAAUAAGUACUAAUAUCAGGGAUCUUCGUAUUCAUAGUUCUACCUCUACGUCUACAACUAGAACUAGUAACCUCAACCUCACAUGUAAUUCUUCGUCUUGUUCUUCUGGGUUUUGAUAGCUAAUGAAACGUAAUAUUUUUGAGUAGUUCCGCAUGUGUAUCGUGAAGACCUUGAUAUUAGUAUUUACACGACAGCUAGAGCAAGAAUAAGGAAGAUUGUAUUCGUAGGACUAGAGAGCGUUUAAUAGAUGAACAAGAACAAAGAUCAAUGACGAACGAAAUAAUGAACAAGGGAAGCCUUUUCCCAAAUACCUAAUAGACCGGCAAUACACCUAGUACUAGAACAAGACGGAUAGCUGUUGGGAAUGAAAGAACUUGUUAUGGUCGCCCUUUCGGAGUCACGACAAAUGUGAGAAACUAUCAAGCCCCGACGUAAAAUUUGCGAAACAAAAGUGUAAAAAGAACUGAAGAACGCCAAAACCUGAACAACCUGUCCU